AUGGCCACCCCAGGCACUCAGUAUAUGAUGCAAGCCGGCCUAGCAGCCGAUAUGUCAGGCUCCCCACACCCCAAGCCGGUGGACCCUUAUCUCAGCGACCCGGUCAGCAUGCUUCCACCCGGCCUAACACCCGAUUCGAACAGCCGAAUCACUUUGCGUGGUGUGAGUGGCAAGGAUGUACUCGUUCCCUACCUGAGUAUCGGCGCAUGGUCAUGGGGGGAUAAAGCAACCUUUGACUACAACCCAACACGAGACCUACCGCGCAUCCACGCAGCAUGGGCCAAGCUCAAGGCUGUUGGGUUGACCUUCGUGGACACAGCACAAUCCUACGGCGACGGUGAGAGCGAGCGGAUCUGUGGAAUACUGUUCCGAGACAUGCCUCGCGACUCUUUCGUUGUACAGACCAAAUGGCUAUCAACACCAGAUAUGACCAACACACUCCUGCAGUCUGGCGGGCCCAAGUCUAAGCUCAAAGAUUCGCUCGUGCGUCUUCAACUAGACUAUGUCGACAUCUAUCUCGUCCAAGGGCCUAUACACCCUAGCAAGAUAUCCACUGUUGCUAAGGGCAUGGCCGGCUGCGUGAAAUCCGGGAUGGCGCGCGCGGUUGGAGUGGCUAACUAUGACACAAAUGAAAUGAUCAAGAUGGCUGAUGAAUUGGCCAAGCACGAUGUCCCACUCUCUGUCUGCCAGUGCGAGUACUCAGUCGUUCGUCGCUUACCUGAAGUCAGUGGCUUGAUUCGAGAAUGCAAAAAACGCAGUAUUUGCUUUCAAGGGUUUUCCUCGCUAGCCGAGGGCCGUCUUUCUGGGAAAUAUUCGACCUUCAAUGAGCCGCAGCAGAGGCGGCGUUUCAGCAGUUAUCCCAUGCGUAUGCUGGAACCUACUAUCAAUGUUUUGAAGAGUAUUGCUGAAGAGCGGCAUGUGUCUGUUCCUGCUGUCGCGCUAAAUUAUUCUAUCAAUAAGGGCGUUCUCCCACUGGUUGGUGUGCGCGAUGCUGGUCAAGCGGAGCAGGAUAUGCAGGCGCUUGGAUGGCGGCUGACGGAAGAUGAGAUCAAACAGAUUGAAGAAGUCAGUCUACAGGGUAGAAGGUCCUCCUUUAUGCAGCACGGGUAG